AUGGCGAGAGAGGAAAUAUAGAUGUAAAACUGAGCUCUUAUUAAUGGAAGCUGUUAGUAACUCGUCUUAGUGGCGGUGUGAGAGAACAAAAGUAUUUUAACUACAGCUGGAGUAAUAGAACAUGAUAAUUGGUGUUUAAGCAGCUAACGCGGGUCAGAGCUUUUAUCACUGAGCCGCUUUACCGCUUCAUCUUUAUCCGACUCAUGUUCAGGAUCACAGGCUGCACUUUCUAGUGAAUCUGAGGCAUUAAAUCAGCUCAUUUCACCUGUCUGGAAGAUGAAGGUCACAGUCACUUUUGGCCGCACUGGCGUGGUGGUGCCCUGUAAAGAAGGCUGGACGGUCCGAGACCUGAUUCAACAAGCAACACAAAGAUACAGAAAACUGCUGGAACAGGAGGGAGACUUCCUGGUGCGGACCCACCACGUGGAGUACUGCGAUGGUGGAAUUCUGGACCCUGAUGACGUGCUGUCCGACCUGGUGGAGGAUAAGGAUAAGCUGAUUGCGGUUUAUGAGGAACAUGAGGCCCAGCAGAGGGGGGCGGUGAGUCCCGGGAACAGCAGCCUCAGCGGCGUGGUUGUUACCUGUAACGGCGGCGGCGGCGGCGCUUCAGGUCACAUGAACCCCGAGCCCUUCGACGCCGAACUGGCCUGUUUCCAGCCAAUCAGAGGAGGCGAAAUCGAAGUCAACUGCUCCGUCCUCAAAUCAAGUACACCUUUAAUGGUGAGAAGCAGCAGUGACUCUGCUCUCAGCAUCCCAGGUGAACCCGGUCCUUCUCUCAGAGAUGAACUCGACCACAGGACAACAACUAAUAUAGAGCAACACUCAACAAACGUGUCCAACAGUAAAGCUCAUUCCAUCCUUCUCAGCAGCCUAACGAAGACGGUGGAGAUUUCAGGAGAACACGGGCCUCUCGGAAUACACGUGGUACCCUACUGCUCGUCUCUCAGUGGAAGGUCUCUGGGUUUGCACAUCCGCAGCGUGGAGGAGAACAGCCGCUCCAAGAGAGAGGGCAUCUUUCAGGAUGACGAGUGCAUCGUAAAAAUCAACGACACCAAGCUGAUGGACCUGUCCUUCUCCCAGUCACAGGAGGUGUUCCGCCAGGCCAUGCGUUCACCUGUAGUGAGGUUAGGAGUUCUCCCGGUGAUCAACAAAGAACGCUACGAGAGGAGCCUCAUCGCCCACGUAUUUGGCACGGACGGUCACGACGGUACCGCGCGACCCAAAGAACCUCCUCCACUGAAGGUAAAGCCCAUCAUGAGGCCUCCAGAAUCCUCCGGCAGACAGGCUGAACCUCAGGAGAGCAGCGGUGUUAACCUGGAGAACCGAAUGCUGGGUUCUCCUCUAAACCUCCAGUACACCAGGACCAAGAGCAGCAGCCCACUGCUCAGUAAGAGCCACACGUUCUCACCGCUGACCGGCUUCGCUAGCAAGAAAAGUGGCAAGAGGCUGAAGAUCGAUCUGAAGAAAGGUCCUGAAGGUCUGGGUUUCACUGUGGUAACCAGAGACUCGUCGCUGCACGGUCCCGGCCCAAUCCUGGUCAAGAACAUCCUUCCUAGAGGAGCCGCCAUUAAAGAUGGUCGUCUGCAGUCUGGAGACAGGAUCUUAGAGGUAAACGGAGUGGACAUUACAGGCCGAUCUCAGGAGGAACUGGUGGCCAUGCUGCGCAGCACGAAGCACGGCGACAGUGUGAGUCUGGUGGUGGCGAGACAGGAGGAGUUAUUCCUGCCCCGAGAGCUGAAGGAGGAACCGACCCGUGGAGCUCUGACUGAGGAAGGUAAAGAGCAGCUGAUGUUCGAGGUGCCUCUGAAUGAUUCGGGUUCAGCUGGCCUGGGCAUCAGCCUGAAAGGCAAUAAGUCUCGGGAGACCGGAGAAGAUCUGGGAAUCUUCAUCAAGUCCAUCAUUCAUGGUGGAGCUGCUUAUAAGGAUGGCCGUCUGAGGGUCAACGAUCAGCUGAUUGCCGUAAACGGAGAGUCACUCCUGGAAAAGUCCAACCACGAGGCCAUGGAGACACUGCGCAGGUCCAUGUCCAUGGAGGGCAACGUGAGAGGAAUGAUCCAGCUUGUCGUGCUCCGAGCCCUUCCAUCCAGCCAGGAGUUCUCAGACACACGGAGAAUCCUCAAUCGAUCCUUUGAUAGCUGUGUUGGACAGGCUGGACUCCUUAGCCAAUCAGAGAGCUCGGUGCAGCCUGCCAUGAUGAUGAACAGCGUUCUGGAGCGCUCUGUGGUUUCUAAUGGAGGUUACGGUCAAGAAGAAGCAUUCAGUUCCUACAGGCAGAGCGGAGACGUGAGUGGAGGCGUCGGCCAUCAGCCACAUCACAGUUUGGACUGGGAAUCGAACCCUCGCUCUGCUGAAAGCUCUCUGAAUGCCCACACUCCUCAGGGUUUGAAGGAACAUCAUCAUGUCAAAUCCUCCAAAAGCAUGGACCUGGUCGCAGAUGAAAGCAAAGUGGCGACUCUGCUGGGGCAAAAGUCAGUUUCCUCGGGUGUGGAGUUGGGACCCACUCUGGGCCUGAAGAAGUCCAGUUCUCUGGAGAGUCUGCAGACGGCGGUUUCUGAGGCUCAGAAGAACGACCUGCUGCUGUUCCACAGGCCGCGGACUCACAUGGUCAGGGGCCGCGGCUGCAACGAGAGCUUCCGCGCCGCCAUCGAUAAAUCGUACGACGGACCGCCAGAGGACGACGAUGAUGAGGGCUCAGAGGCCAGCUCGGGAAGGGACACCCCUGCUAGCAGUUCGUCACGCCAGGGGCUUGCGGACAACGACGAGAGCAAGAAGGACAAGAAGAAGAAAGUCAAAGGAAAAAAGAAGGACAAGGCAAAGAGCAAAAUGAAGGAAAAAGACAAGAAGAAGGUGGAAGAGGCCGCUGAAGAGCCCGAGAAAAGAGCAAAGAAAAAGGCAGAGGAGGCCACUGAGGAGGCAGAUAAGAAGACAAAGAAGAAGGGAUUCGGUCUGCUGAGAUUUGGGAAGAAGAAGGAUGAGAAGAGUAAAGCCGAGAGUAAAGUCGUCGAGGGUAAGGCUGAGAGUAAGCCGAGCACGCCGAAGCAGACGUCUGAGGUGCUGAGUGAGGACGAACUGGAAAGGAUGAAAGAAGAAAGAGAAAGGAUUGAGGCGAAGCACCAGGAGCUGAGAGAUCGUCAGGCCCGGGACCGCUUCGACCCUCCCGAUGUGGAGGACGACGAGGCCGACCCCAACUACGCCCGGAUUCACACGUUCAGAGGCCGCCUGUCCCCGUCUCACUCCCCGUACGGGACCCGCAGCCCGUCGCCUCAGAGAGCCCCGCAUCCCGCCAGUCACGGCCGAGAGCCGUCGUGUGAGGACCCGCUCGAUGGCCUCUACGCUAAGAUCAACAAACCCAGGGGCCCCAACCCGCAUGCUACUGACAGCAGUAUGGACCGUAUCCAGCAGCUGAGGAGAGAAUAUCAGCAGGCUCGGCGAGAGGGAGCCGUUCCACCGUAUGAAGAUUUGGAGGCCCGACGCCAACCCUCCGAGUUCGACCCACACCAAAUACCCAUAAGGAGUCCUGACCCUAGACUGGCACCCCGCUAUGAGGACGUGGAGCGCCAGUAUGCCUCCCUGCCCAGAAGGGCUCCUGUGGAUCCUGCAGAGUACCCUGGUCAGCCCUGGCCUGGACACAGGGAUCCUGCCCACUACCCCGCUCCACAGCCAGGCUACCAUCCCAGCUACUCUCGUCCUCUGGACCCUCGCCAAAGCGACCCAGGCUUCUACCACCCUCAUCCUUCACAGAGAGGACCGCUGCGCCAAGACGUGCCCCCCUCUCCCCCCAUCCCUGUCCGGAGCCCUCGUUACGACACCAUAAACCGCGGAGGCUUCCGGCACACCAGUCCAGAGCGGUAUGCCUACGCGGACGGACGCCACCCCGAUCCGAGGCAGAAGAACGCCAUGACUGCAGCAGUUUAAGCUCAUUUUCGCUGCCAGCGUGUAGUAGGCAGCCAGCGGCGCAGCUCGUUCAUCACCUUUUCAGUGUUGUUUAUGUGCCUCACAUCUGUUUUAGUAGAUCCGAUCCUCGGUAACUUGCUGCCCAAGGUCACAUCUCAAAGUGCUGACUUCACAUU